AGCAGCCUCCCAAAUCCCCAAAGCCUCCGACCCCCUUCCUCUCUCCCUCCGCCGCCGCUGCGCACGCAGGGAACAAGCGACAUGGGCGUCUACACCUUUGUGUGCCGCAACAACGGCGGCGAGUGGACCGCCAAGCAGCACUCCGGCGAGAUCGAGGCUUCCGCCGCUACCCCAUACGAGCUGCAGCGCCGCCUCGUCGCUGCCGCCUCCGCGGCCGACUCUGCCUACGGCGUCCAGUCGUCCUUCUCCAUGGUCACCCCCAGCUCCGCCGUGUUCCAGGUGAUCGUCGGUGCUGUCGGUGGUGGUGCAAUGAUGGUGAGCGGAGGUGGCGGCGGCGGUGCUGCUGCAUCUGGUGGUGCUGCUGCCGAGGCUCCCAAGGAGGAGAAGAAGGAAGAGGAGAAGGAAGAGAGCGACGACGACAUGGGAUUCUCCCUGUUCGACUAGAGUUGUGUGUGUCAUCUGGAUCUCAGAAGUGGUGGUUUGGUCCUGUUGCCGUAGUUAAUUUUGCUGUCCUGUCUGUGAACCUGAAGAACUCUUGGUAAUUGUUACAAGCGACCUGUUCCAGUUUAUGUGAGAAUUUGAUAUGUUGUUUGGAAUCAUAUAUUCUCCUUGCCAUUUGUUGUGAUUUUCGGUGCCAAAAGGUUACUGUUUCCUGUAAUGAUAAUAUGUAGCUAGUACUUGUUCAAGAAAUUGAACAGCAACAGUACUACUUGUUCAAGAAAUUGAACAGCAACAGCUCGUCAUGCACCUUCUUUCUCU